AUGUGUGCCCUGCGGCGCCACCCGCGCGUCAGGCUCGCCGCGGUGCGGGUGUGCGCCGCUGUCGCCGUGUGGGUGCAGAUGCAGAUGCAGAUGCAGGCCGCGGAUGUGGGCGUAUGCGUGUGGGUGUCGGAUGGAAAGGCGCGAGAAACGGGAGCGGGCCCACUAGCUCCCUUGACCUAUACACACCGGUCGUGCAUCAUCAUGGCGGUUGAGGUAGUCGGUGACAUGACCCUUAUGGAAAGGGCGGUGUCCGCGGUGGAGGCUCCCGAGACACCGCAGGUCCUCAAGAAACGGCAAACUUGCGCGAGCACGGUGCGUUCGGGAAGGCGGCCGCGUUAUCGAUCUUCCCCUCUCCCCAACCCCUUGCGACAUCGGCCUUUCACGCAUCCAACAGCAAGAAGUGGGAGAUCUGGCCCAGCACUACGCCUGCCCGAUGACAUUCACGAACGACAAACCGGACUAGAAUGGCACUCCCUCUCGCCAGACGUGCGGGAGGUGUAUGAGAACCUGGCACCAGAAUCGUGGUGA